UAGGAAUACAAUUUUAUUUAAUUGGUGUUUGGGUAUUCUUAUCCUAUCAGGAUUUAUUCUAUCCUUAUAUUGAUAGGAUUGUCUUUAGAUUGUCUACACGUGUCCUAAUUAUUAUAGGACUUACUUUUAGGGAAAAUUUCUCUGAUCUUGUGGCUUGAUCUUGGCCGGUUAUCUUGUGAUGGCCGUUAAUCCCUCUGCUUCCGAUUCGCUUCCGACUUCUGCUACUGGCUCCGUUCCAGUGAUUGCUUCUGGUUCUGUUCCGGCCAUGAUUUCUGGCUCUGAUUCGGUUGCGGUUUCUGGCUCUGUUCCAGUCAUUGCUUCUUUUGGUUCUUGCAUUUUCUUUCUUCUUCUUUGCCAUUUUUCUGUUUUGAUGGAGGGGAAUCCUUCAAAAUCUGCUGUUAUGGCUCCAGUUGCUUGGGAUAUUGCCGAGAUGGGGGUGGAUCCCAUUGCCAGAGGUGUUUAAUUGUGAUUGCAAUUCUACCCUGCAAAUGCUGAACCCAUGUCGCUGUGUCCUUCGUUUCAAACCUUUAAACCCUACCAAGACCCUAAAAUCCUACCCAAAACCCAGGCGUUCAGUCGCCAUUGCAUCCCCCUUCAAUGGAAUAGGAAGCCGCAGCUGGCAGGGGAGACUCCGUGCGUUGUGAUCACCUCCAGGGAAGGUGGAGUUGGAAAGACUACUACCACCGCAAAUGUGGGUCUCUCGCUGGCCUGCCUCGGGUUCUCGGUGGUGGCCAUUGACGCCGAUGUCGGGCUCCGCAACCUCGACCUUUUGCUCGGGUUGGAGAGCAGGGUUAAUUAUACGGUGGUCGAGGUGCUUAAUGGUGAUUGCCGCCUAGACCAAGCCUUGGUCCGGGACAAGAGGUGGUCGAAUUUUGAGCUGCUUUGCAUUUCCAAGCCUAGAUCGAAACUCCCAAUUGGGUUUGGCGGGAAAGCGCUGGUGUGGCUUGUCGACGCGUUGAAAUCCCGUGAAGAAGGGUCACCGGAUUUUAUUUUGUGAAUGCGGAGGUUUUCAAGGUUUAUGAUGCUGGUUCCCAUUGUCUGUCUGUUUUCUGCAACUCAUUGGUACUUUGGAUUUCUGCUGCUUGCAUGCUAAGGUUGAUCUUAUUUAGAUACGAGGGAAGAGCAAAGGUAUGAUAAACCUGUGUUGUUAGUUUAAGAAUGUUAUGAUUUAUUAAAAAAGAAAGAACUUAUCUUUUU